AUGCGAAUUUUAUACUUAUCGGUAAAGGAUAUCUUCAAUCUCAAUAGCUUGACUUCCUUUUUCUUAUUCUUACUUUAUUUUUAGGCUAUGCGACUAGUGUUGUUGACUGGUGUUGUUGAUUUUUUCAGUUGGUUUUCCAAGUGCUCUUAGCCCUAAUGCCGAUUUAUGUCCUAUCGCGCGACCUAAGCUUACACCAGGCAACAAAUACCACGGACAAAGCAAACACUUCCACACAAGGUAGCUCGGGAAUGUCUAGGCGCCCAUUGAAAAUUUUAAGAAGAACAGACGUCUCACCUCCGGUGUUUUUGACAGUGGAACCAACAAACACGAAACAAGUGAUUCUCUUUUGUCGAGUUGCUUUGUUGUUGCAGGUGGACGAUAAUGGAACUAUUUCAAGCUCUCUGAAUCAAAAUAGCGAAUACGGUAAGUAUGUCUGCAAUAUUCCUGUUUAAGUGUCUCAACUCAAUUUUGUCAUCAAGCGGUGAUGGAACUGUCCAUUCUACUGUAAAACUAACUCUUGCUAUCGACUAAGUAAUUAACGUUUUAUUAAUUGAAUGCUAUUAAUUUUAAGUAUUUACCAAAUCAGUGAGUGGCUGGCAGUUUGCGAGUGUGUUUUCAUUUGCUCCGGUAACUUAAAAUUUCCAUGACUAUACAAUGCUUUUGGCCGCUAUAAUUGGCCGGGAAGGGGGUCAAAAUGGAUUAGCGUUUCGCGACAGUUUCGGAGGACGAAAUUUUAGCCAUAAACUGAGUUCAGUAGUGCAGCUCAGCUAUGACAUCAAUUAUCAAAAAAGUGGAAAAAUUUGGUUCGUGAAUGUUUAUUGGUACAUGGAAAAUUAUUUUUUAGUGUUAAGAAUAUAUUUGGCAAAGUUUGUCUCAAAAAGGGAAGGAAAGUACAAAAUAUUAUUUAUUUUUGCUGGAAGAUCAGAGAGCCUCAAAAUCAUAUCGACUUUCACUUAGUUUUUUAAAAACAGUGAAAUCUGUAAAAAGACUCACGACUCUUAGCUAGCGCCUUCGUUAUCAAAGAAUUCUUUACGUCACUUACCAGUCAUUCCUUCUGAACAAUGUUUUACUUACCCAAAGUUCGUUUCCUGUUUUCCGGAAAUAUUUUUGUCAGAUCCAACUAUUUAAUGACAGUUGUAUCGCCUCAGUUUUUCCGCCUUGAAGUAUGAAAUGACUAAAAUCUUAGGAUCGCUGGGGUCAGUGGCACAUCAAACGUACCUUCAGAUAAAGUUGCUAACGCGUGCGGUUAAAAUAAAACGUUUAAACGGGUUCAACAUAAAAGGAAGCGUUUACUUUCGUCGUCAAGAUGUAUGCAAUCUGGUCCCUGAUCUGUGCCUUAAACAAAAUAAUCGAAAGCUUGAAGAAAGGACAUGUUGAAUCCUAACCGAUACAUAAACCUUGGAUUCUUUGGAAUUGUCUGAAGCCUUUUUCUGAUCAGCAGUACCGCUGGGACGAGCUGAGGAACAGACCAUCUCAAAACUGUAUGAAACCGGAUGUUCUAUUUGGUGCUAUAUGCACUUCCUGUACCCAAGUAGGUGCUUCCGGUAGCCAUUACCAUAGCAAUAGACAGGCGUUUCCGUGUGGUUUCGGAGCAAAGAAAGAGGAAUGGGAUUUUCGGUUUUGGCCGCGCGAAAAAUGGAACAGAAGCCAAACAGUGAUGUCUUCGAAGCUGAUUUAAAAGGCGUGGUACCCUGCGACAAGUGUUGCAUUUUCUUCUAAACAAGGAGAAAGAAUUCAAAGGGAGAGAGCCUAUUAUGACAGUUACAAGGCUCUUGCAAACGCAGACGUAUUUCCGGUCGUCUUUUGACGUGGAUAGAAGCGACGACCGGAAAUACGACUGCAUUCCCAGGGUCCUUGUCCUUGUUUCUUCUAGCCAAAGGGAAUUCAAAGGGAGAGAGCCUGUUAUGACAGUUACAAGGCUCUUGCAAAAGCAGGCGUAUUUCCGGUCGUCUUUUGACCUGGAGAGAAGCGACGACCGGAAAUACGACUGCAUUCCCAGGGUCCUUGUCAAGAGGUUAAUUUAAAGUAAAUAGACAAAUUAUUUCACCCCUUCAAUUUCUUUCUAAAUGACCCAUAACAGUUUAAAAAAUAAUUGACUGAAUUGUCAAAGUGAUCGGUAUCUUUUAUGGAGGUAACCAAAGUGAUACCUGUUUUUUUAUUAUCAUUAUUAUUUUGUAGUGAAGUUUGAGUUACAGUCCUUUGGAACAAGUAUAUUGCGAAUCCUAAAUAUUGCAACUGGGAAAUAUCUUGCCAUGGAUUCUAAAGGAAAUUUGCAAACAAGAGUACGUCUGUCGAUUUUGUAUGCUUUACUUUUCUUUCUUAACUUCUUUACUUGUCUUGAAGUUGUUUUAUUCUUUAAUAUUUUAUUUUUUCACAAGUCCUUUAUUCAGUCAAGUUUUCCCCUGGAAAGAGGCGAGACCUCCCAAGAAGGUCCAGAAUGUUUCAGAGACUUCCUCCAAAAAAGCUCCCUUAAUUCAGGGGCACCCAACGGCAAUUUUCGGGAAAAUAUCUGUUCGGAAGACGAUUUGAGAUCGAGAAUUUUCAGAACAUUUGUUGUAAAAUUUCUUGCUUGCCUGCCUCUCCUAGGAUUUUCGAACAUCUACAAAAUGGUAUAAUUACUCAUUUUUAACGGAUUUUGACCCUAAAAAAGACCACCUAGAAUUUUCGGGAGCCUUUUCCUGGCUGAAAUUUUCGAGAAGGUAAGUUUUUAUCCCUAUAAUUUUCGGAUCACUAGAUUUUCAGCUAGGAAAUCCGAACAGAUGAAAAGUUUUUAGGGGAUAAAAAUAUGCCUAUAUCUACCGUUUGAAUACUAAAAUACGUUCAACAAUGAUAUGUUAAGUGGUUUUGAACUAUAUCCUCGUUGGGUGCCCCUGUUAAUUCAAAAUUCCCAAAAAUUUGUAAAAACGCCUAAAAAUUUGCGAAAAAAAUCAAGUAACGUUCUCUAUGCCAUUAUGAUGCUAGUAUUUUUUGGAAUUCUGGCAGUUUUAAGUUUAUAUGUAAAAUCACACUGAAGAAAAACACCGACAGCCUUAAUUGACCUCCAAAAAGCAGGAAAUCAGGGAUCUUAGUUAUUUAAGAGUCCUCAGACGGGUUGCUCUGAGGAGAUAUAGGAUGCUUACAAUUUACACAAACUACCCGCUGGGUGGAAAUCUUGUACAUAAACAAAAUUAACUGUAAACAGAUUAAAGGAGUGCAAAAAUUGCUUCGCCUCAAAUCACAGCCCGUAUUUUCUGAAAUUUCCGGUUUUCCCAUAAGUACCCUAUAAAUUGAAGGGAAAAUGCUGUUGAUCCCACAUCAGUCUCUGGAAGAAUGAGCCCUCCAUGUUGGUCAGCGGGAAAACCCUGAACUGGUACUGUUCUCCUAAGGUACAACAGGAAAACGUCAACUAAAAGUAGUUAAAUAUUUUUCUCUGAAAUUCUACUUAUCGUCUCUGAAUUCCCAUGGCUUUCUAAAAUUCUUUUAGAGGUCUAAAAUGCUCAAAAAAGGAGCCUUUGUGUCAAAGCCUUUAACCUCAAUUUACUAGAAAUUGUGUAUCUUUGGUUUGUUAUAGCGUGUUCGUGGAGUGUAUUUUAAAACGUCUCAAAACAAUUUUCCGACCACUUCCGUCUGGGAAAUUCUCCAGUUUCGUUAAAACGACGCCAGGCACAUUCCGGUUAGGAUGCCGGUGUUUCUCGACUUCUCGGCUAACGUUUAGAGGCGUGGCUUACGAGAACCGUUUCAACGCAGUUUUCAGAAUUCGAAAACAGCUACAAGAGAUAUAAGCAUUUGGAAUGUAUGUAAGGAAGUUUCAGUGGGUACUCAUUUCUUUCAUUCUCUCCGCAGGAAAAUGCAACCAACGAAUGUUUGUUUUAUCAACAUCAUGAAGAGAAUUCAUAUGUAUCCUUCGCAUCCUUUAAGUAUUACAUGAAAGAAUUUUAUGAUAUGUUUAUCGGCAUCAAACGUAAUGGGGAAGUAAGAAAAGGUACAACAACAUUACCAGGACAAGAUUCAAAUCUGUUCCUUCCUCUUAAUUUGGGUUAA